CACCCCUUGGCGGGGGCCCCGGGCCAAGCGAGCUGGGGGCCCUGGGAGUCAGGAACGUGACCAGUGAUGGGUUUGGGCUGCAGUGGAGGGCGCGGAAGGGCCUGUUCCAGUCCUUCCUGCUGCGCUACGAAGAUGCGGCCGGGCGCAUGGGGCCCCGGGAGGCUGAGGUGCCGGCGGACCAGCGGGCGACCCAAGUUGGGGGGCUGCGGCCUGGCACUGAGUACCAUGUCACGCUGUACGGGGUGCACCGCGGCCAGCUCUCACCCCCACUCAGAGCCAGAGUCCGGACAGCGCCAGCAGAACCCGGCGCCCAGCCCAGCCUGGGGGAGCUCUCGGCCUCGGAGGUCACCCACAACUCCACCCUGCUCUCCUGGACCGUCCAGGCCGGGGACUUCGACUCCUUCCUCCUCCAGUACAAGGACGCGGAGGGCAAACUCCAGGCGCUGCCCGUGGAUGGAGGAUCCCGCACAGUCACAGUAACCAAUCUGGUCCCCUCCCAAAGAUACAAAUUCAACCUCUACGGCGUCUCCGGCCGCAAGCGCCUCGGCCCCGUCUCCACCGACACCGUCACAGCCAAGGAGCCGCGGGUGCAGGAACUCACCUUCCAGCCCAGCCUGGGGGAGCUCUUGGCCUCUGAUGUCACCCACAACUCCAUCCUGCUCUCCUGGACCGUCCAGACCGGGGACUUCGACUCCUUCCUCCUCCAGUACAAGGACGCGGAGGGGAAACUCCAGGCAUUGCCCAUGGAUGGGGGAUCCCGCACGGUCACUGUAACCAACCUGGCCCCCUCCCACAGAUACAAGUUCAACCUCUACGGCAUCUCCGGCCGCAAGCGCCUCGGCCCCGUCUCCACCGACAUCGUUACAG